AUGUCCAUCCGUCACAUGGUUGACAAGCUCAAGGGAAAAGGUUAUUGUGCUAUUCACUGACUUUUUAAUGUGAUGAUUUCAAAGAUUUGAGAUUAUUUUUCUCUACAAGCCAAUUUGCUAAAAAAGAAAAGUUGAUAUAUCCUCGGACAUUGGUAACGCGAAACGGACGUGCUCUGGACGUUUCUGGGCAACUCUAGGGAUCACUUAAGAGCGCUGAGCCCUCUAAAGUAGUCACUAGAAAUGCCCCGACGAUUCGCGUCCCGUUCGCGUUACCAAAGUCCGAGUCAGCUAGGGCCAAUCAGGAGUUCUCGCUAGAGCGCACUUGUCCAGCUUAAGCAGCUCUUCAAUAAACUACGAUUCAGUGAGAAAAAUUCUAUAUCGAAUUUGCGAAUCAAAUUUUCAAUUUCGGAGCAAAAAAAGUGAUUUUCGGAGAAAAUUUCUAAACACUCUUCAUCUUCAAAAAACUUUUUCCGGUUUUAUUUUUCAUCAAAAAUUUCAUUUUAGAAAAAAACGAGUUUACCAGGAUUUACAAGAAUCCCAUGAAUUUUUAUUGGCGUCUUUCCAUUCUCCGUCGUGAGAUGAGGAGUAUCUCGGGAUUCGAAAACCAAAAAUGAGUCUCAAAAGAGCGUAAAUGCCCACGGAAGAAUAGCUAAUUUUCACUCUUAAAAAGCUCCCAUAAUUUGUUCGGAAUUCCAUUUCGUCUUGAGAUGACCAUUUCUACGUACGAUUUUCUCAAAAAGAAACAGUUUUACAGAACUUAACUGUCAGAAAUAUUCACACAUGAGCGUAAAUCUCUGCGGAUAGACGUCUCCUUUAACAGCGAGUCUGUUGCGCUAAGCCACGCCCACUAACCAGCCUCCUCCAGCCUUUUUAAAAAACGCCCGACAUUUGCUGACGGGCCGGCCCUCGCACAAGCCUCUUUUUAUUCACCAUUUUCAUCCUUCUAUGAUCUGAGAAAUGGCCGAUAAUUGCAUAAAGUCUUGUGGAAUAUGGGAAUAUACUUAUAAAAAUUAAGCUUUCAUUCAGUGUGUUUGAUCAAUAUGAAGGGUGAGAAAAAUACAUAUGAGGAGGACAUUACUAUGAAAAAGGUUUUAGGAUUUCUGAAAUUGAAAAAUGAUUAAUUCGAAAUGAAAAAAAUCUAUACUAAUUUUUUUUCAGAACGAUUUCAAGGGGGUUCAGAAUCUAACAAUGUGUCCACCAUUGUGCCAGCGCCGUUCGAAAGUCCGUUUUUUACAAAAAUCAAUUUAAUUCAAUGAAAAAAGAGUCCAAAGCUUUCAAUAUUCAAAUUGUUGAAUUACAGCGCACGAACUUCUUGUGCCCGUACCUCUCCCAGUCGUUGAUCAUGCAGAACAGCCGGAAAAGUUCCUCAAGAAAUGGCCCGGAUUCCACGGGUUACUUAUAUCUAGUUCUUCAUUUUUCUGAAAAUAAUUCUAGCAUAAAAUAGAAUGUUGAGAAAAAUAAAAGCCACACUUAAAAAGAAAGCACCUUAUGAGACGCCAGAGAAGCUGAAAAUCUGCUUUUUCUAGCGUCUUUUUGGAAUUUUCUACAUCUCUCAAUGUUCCUUUGAGUUGAAGAAAAAACAUUAUUGUUCCUGAUGGAAAUCCAUAGAAUUUAAAACCUUUUUUUUUACGCUAUAGAUUUCAUGAUCCCGGAUUUGAGCUCUAUUUACUCAAUUUUCUUUUGCAGCUAUAUCCCCGACCUGGACGCUCGAAAAAUGAUCUGCCACGUCGGCGAUUACAUCAUAAGAUUGGAAAACGGUUGGUCGGGAAAAAGGCAAGGCGAAAAUUGGAAUUUCAGACGAAUGCAACACCUGGAUUAUUUUAACCGUGGGUGAACGAAUGGUAGAGGAUCCUUUUUGGGCCGAUGAGUCAAAGGGAGGCGAUGACGACAAGGAUGGAAACGAAAACGGUGAAUUUACCAACUUUCAAGAUUUUCCUCCAAAAAGACAUUUCAAUAUUUCCAUACUUGUAAUUGUUGAUUGAACAGCUUGAAACAGUCUCACACUUUUUUUGUCUUUUUCUCUAGAAAUGAAAAAAAGAGAUUUUUCUUUUGAAUGGAAUUCGAAAAAGCCGUUUUUCAAAGGAUUUCCAAGUUGUAUCAUAAACGUUCGUAAAUAUGGAUAUUCUGAUAGUUUCGAGGUUAUCAGAACGACCUUUCUCAUUUUUGAAAAUUCAGAGGACGAUGUGGUGCCAAUAAGAGCAAAGACGUAUGUCAUUGAAUUGGACCAUUUCGGCGUUACCCUCGAUGGUGAAAAUUAUUUCGACAGCGUCGACAAUCUCUUAUCUUUCUAUAUUUUCCAUAGCGACAAGGUUAGACUUUUUUUAUAAUCCAGUUAAAGCAAAAGCUGUGAAGAAAAAAGAACAGCUCAAAUAUCCAAAAAAACUUAUGUUUUUCUUUAGUCAAGCCUCGAUGUGCAAUUGCUUUACGCUGUCCCUAGGAAAAUGUUCGAGUUUGAGCCGGAGGACGUCCGAAUUAUUAAGAACGUGAGUGAUACCUUUGGUUCGUUUCCGCAAAUCGAAAGGAGAAGACUUCUCUGCGCACUCUUCGUCUCUCGCCGAACUCCUCUUUACGUGGUAUUUUCGUGAUUCUCUGACCUCGCCGGUGAGGGAACAGGGAGACGCAGACACUCGAAAACUCCUAUUAGUCUUCUCCCAGUUUAAAUAUAGAUUUGCCAAAAAAAAAAAUCACAUAUUCUUACUUCUCCACGAUUAUCUCAUUCGAACUGUUUUUUCAUGGUUGAUGACCUAGUAGGCGAGCAAAAAGAGACGCAGACAGGCCAGAAUAUUCCAACUGAAGUUGAAUGGACUCUAUAAAUUUGCUAUUUUUUUUAUUUGACAAGCAAUUAUUUCUCUUCAAAAUCAUAUGGCCACAAAUAGAAUGGCUCGGUACGUAAAUUGGAAAAUUUGCGCAACCACAAAUUUUUUUUAAGGCCGAUUAAAACUAAACUACGCGAGAUUCCACUAGGAAACAUUUGGAAAAUAGGACAUUGAUUUUGAAAAUCUCAUUUCAGUACCGAUGCGUUCAGAAAAAAGACAAAAUUGUGAAUUUUCAGUUAGGCAGCGGCCAAUUCGGCGACGUUUGUUUGGCAGCGAUAGAUCGGCCAGGACUGCUGGUUCAGAGUGCCGCGGUCAAAUCGGUCGGUUCCAAGAAUUCGAAAAAAUACCACUUUUGAAAUUAUUUUCACUAUCAUUUGGUUCGAAAGAACUGUAAGCCUCAUAAUGAUAGCAAUUCUCGAAAACCAAAGUUCGAAAAAGGCAAGAAAAUCAAUAUGUUUCCUCUAAGAAAGAAAUCUUGAAAACCUUGUCAUAACGAUAUCCUCUUCAUAUUUACUUUCUCACCCUUCAUAUUGAUAAAGCACACUGAUUUGAUCCGAUCUCAGUUGAAGCGUGGAUCGGCGAACGCGUCCGAAUUAAGUCGGAAGUUGAUAGAAGAGGGUCGGGUGAUGCUCGAAUUGGAGCAUCCGAAUGUCGUCCAGAUUCUUGGCUGGUGUAUCGACGAGCACCCUUUCAAGCUCAUCAUAGAAUUUUUGCCGGGUUAGUUCCGAAAAAUUCCACGAAUGAGAUUUUGAAAUUUAAUGAGAACUCCUUUGGAAGAAAAAGCUUGCGUUUUUGAAAAAACUGUUGAGCAUGAAAUUUCGCCUCAAUGAUUGGCGCCAUAUGAGCUUUUUCGAAUCAGUUUAUUAUGAGCUUUUUUAAAUUAUUCAUUAUCGCAAGGCAUUAUUCCUUCGAAGACUAAGAUUUCAUGAUGAAGAACUUUAUGACAACAACAGCAAAAAUUCAGAAAGAUAAAGAGAUGACAAGAAAACAGAACGUUUCCUAAACUUGGAUGAGUUUCAGUGACCACUUUAGGGCUUUGACAUUCUAGUGACUCUUUUAGUAGUCGAAAUAGUGGCAACUUGUGUGCCUGUAAUUUAGCGGCCUGUGGAAGUCAAGAAAUAAUGAAUAUCACACAUCUUUAAUGAAUCAUUUUUUGCAGGAGGCUCCCUUGAUAUGUUCAUUAUCAAACACUACUCGGUGACUAGUAUGAAAAGACAAAUGUUUUUUGCCGUUGGAAUCGCUCAAGGCCUUGAGUAUAUCCAUGCAAAUCGUGUCUUACACCGAGAUAUUGCAGCGAGGAAUGUUCUCCUCGCGUCCGACGGAACGGUCAGACCUUGAAAUUUCUCAGUAGCUGAUUUAUGAACUUUUCCAAAAAAUAAUUGAACUUUUUUUGGCGAAAAAAAGUAACUGUAAAGCUCCGAAAAUGUUUUCGUGAGAAGUUCUGGAUUCAGAGACGGAUGAAACAAAAAAAAGGAGUCCAUUCACCGCGACUUGAAACAGUCUGAUCUCUCUGCGCCCUCUUUUCUCUCAGAGACGUUCAUUUUUCACGUGCUGUUUUGGGAAUACGCGUCUCAAACGCGAAAAAAAGUGAAUAGUCCAAAUUUGAAACUUUCUCUUCACCCUCUUAUCCCUUGUCGACUCUCUCGUUUUUACGUGCUCUCUCCUUGUUUUAUGACCUCAGCGGUGAGGAAAAAAGAGCGCAGACAUAUCAGACUGUUUCUAGCGAGAAAAAAUAUUAUUUGAUUUUUUGCAAGCUGAAAAGCUUUGAAAACCUUUUGAGCCUCACUUUUUGACCGGAAACUUCUUUUUCAGCCGAAGAUCAGCGAUUUUGGACUAGCUGUGAGAGCAGCCUGCUUCAGGAUGAAGGAGGCGGAGAAGGUACCAUUAAGGUAUUUGUCUCCCGAGGUCCUCACGCACUUCAUUUUUUCUCAAAAGUCGGACGUAUAUGCCUACGGGGUGAGCUUUUCCUUCAAUCAGUCCUGUACAUAAAGACCAUUUUUCAGGUGCUCCUCUUCGAACUUUUUACGGGGGGGAGCAUCCCGUACGAAGGGCUCCUCUCACAAAGCGUGAGACAAUGUGUAUGUUUGCUUUUUUUUCGCAUUACAGAAAUAAAAAUAAAGUACCAAAAAAAAUGGAAAAAAAAGUCCUUAGAGCCUUGGAAAAUUUUUUUUAAUCAGGAGAAGUUAAGCAAGAAUUUUUUUCAUUGAUAUAGAAAGGUCCAAUCAGCCUUCUGAUGAGGCUGAUUUUCCGGCUAAACAAAAAUCGAAAAACGAAAAUAUUUUUUUAAGAAAAAGUUUUACAUUAAUCAUCACAAAAACAAAUAACGGAAAAAAAUAUUCUUAAGAGCACAAAAAGUUUUUCAAGUUUUCUUGAAAAAGAAGCCAACGAACGGAAAAAAAAUUGUAAAAAGUCGAAAAUUCAGAAGUUUUCUAAACUUUACAUGUCCAAGCCAACUUCAGAUCCUUUCUGGCACUUAUAACCAAUUUCCGGAAGGAACGCCACCAAAGUUGGUCAAUUACGUCGAGGAGAAGGUCUGGGCAUAUGAACCCAUUGAAAGGCCGAUGAUGGAUGAGGUUUUCCAUUAGUUCUUGGCGAAUCAUUCAUAUUUGAAAACUUCCAGAUCAUCGAAUACCUCGAAGGCUUAAUGUGUGAGCUCGAGAAGGUCAGCUACAUUUUCUUUCUGUUUUUUUAUCGAAAUUUCUCAGGAGGGAGCUAUGGGCAUAGUCACAGACGCAGUAACGGACGAAGAAUUCGUCAGUUUUGAAAUGGUCGCAUGUGGAAUGGCUCGAGACGCCUCAGACUUUUAGCGACUUGCGCCAAUGCAUGAGAACCAGCUGUUUUAGUUUCCAUCCAAUCAUUUCACGUGUUCUCCAAAGCAAUUGAAGAGGAUUAAAAAAAAAACAAAUUGAGACAAUUUUACAACGAUUAUUGAGCAAAUCCCGUUGAACGGAUCCUGUUUGAUGAUUAAUUAAUGAAAAAUAGGCGUGUACGGCUCAAAACAGUAACAAGACUUUUGCAGAAGGAUCGCCAGCCAAACGAAUCUGAGCAGCGCCGCCUCCUCGAACUCCGCAAGGGAGUCAGUUUUUUUUUUCGCUGUAGUUUGAUAUUUAAACCCAACGUUCACUUCUCAAUUUGCCAAAAACAUUUCCAGGACCGCCUCGAAGAACUCUGUCCAACGCAGGACGAAACGAUCUCUAGAGCGACACAGGCCAGCGAUUGA